AUGAUCAGGAUGCUGCGCCUCAAUCCGAUCGUUUUGAUCAGCUGCUUCAGCUGCCUGUUGCUGCAGGCCGCGCUGGUUGUUGGGGCUGGCCACGAUCCACCGCCCAACCGGCCCACCCAGCUGGACGACAUCGAGCGGGACACUCUGAACAGCGAGCGGCAGGUGUUUAAGAAGGAAGCGAUCGCACAGCAACAGCAACAACAGCAACAAGGUGCCAGCUCGAGCCAAAGCAACAACCACUACUCGCUGCAGAUCCAACACCAUCCGGGCAGCACGGCCGCCGCCCACAGUUCCGUCAAAUACGUGACUCCGCUUCCGGCACCGACGCAAAUUACGUACCCAGCGAAAGAUCAUCAUGUUGCACCUCAACACUACUUCCACCAGCAGCCGCAGCAGCAGCAGCAGCAGCAGCCGGUCCAGCAGCUACAGUAUCAACCGCAUCAGCUCCAUCAGCAUCAGCUUCCCCAUCAACCUGUGCCGCAGGUGCAUGAGGAUCACUCAACGUACACGGUCCCGUCGCGCCAAUCGCUACUGCAGCCGGUGAUUGGGGGAGGUGCGCCGACCUCGCCCUAUCUCACCCCGCAGCCACAGUACGUCUACGUGCAGGCCAGACCCCAACAGCUGGCGGCGGUUACGAGCCCCGGUCAGGGUUUGCCGCAAUCGUUGCUACACAUUUUGCCACAGAACUCCCAGGCUUAUAUCAUGAUUCCGACUCCGGCGUACUACCACCAGCAACAACAGCAGCAGCAGCAGCCUCCUCCACACCUUGUUCCUUCCUCUGGUGCCCCGCUCGCGGCACCGACCCAAGCGCCACACUCGGCCCAACAACUGGCGGCCUAUGCCAACGACCCGGACAACCACAUCGAGACGUACUCUCACGGUGAAACUGGAGCACAGUCACCGUCCGCACCGGCACCUCCUCCGUCGCUUCCGUCGCUUCCUCCACAGGUUCCACAAGCCACCACCCCGACGCCCGACAUCGUGUACGCUCCUUCCGCCUCGACGCCGGUUCCGCCGCACCGUCACCAGUCGCCGUCGUCGGAGUUCUCCAUCGUGAAGAGCGUCGAGCAGCCGAUCUACUACUCGCACGAUCUGCCUUCGCCGGCGUACAGCAACAAGGACUUCCCGCAGCACUCAUUCGUACCAGCGCCCUACCACCACCAGCGUCCGACGCACUAUCCCUCGCUGAGCCACCCGAACAACGGUAUCCUGAACUACUUCGGAGUGCAGCAACGGCCCCCGACCAGUCUGCUCGAUUCCUACGUCCCCAGCGGCCUCCAAGUGCACAAGGGACCGCCCGUAUUUGUUCCCAAAGUGCAGCAUCGCCCAGUGCUGCCGCCGGCCCCGCCGGUGUCCUUCUACCAGCCCGGCUACCCAUUCCUGACGGGGCCCGCCGCUCCCCAUCACCACCACCAUCAGCCACACCAUGCGUUCCCGGUGAACCACCUGCACACGACGGUCCUGCAGCCGGCGGCCAGCGCCACAACGCUCACCGGUCACCACGCGCACCAGGUCCUGCCGGCCUACAACACGAUCGCCUACUCGGUCCCGUUGGCUUUCACCAAAACCUCCGCCCAGUACAAACGGUCACCGGCGCUGUUCAGUGUGGCCGGAUUCGUUCCGCGGCUUCCGCUGGCCAUGGCCACCACCAAGCUACAGCCGGCGGCCAAGCUUCCCUGA